UAGGUGCACGCUUAAACAGUAAUUUGCAUUUGCUUCCCCUUUUAAAACUGACCAAUGGAUGAGAAGGACGGAGGUAAAGAAUCAAUUAAUUAAUGCCAUGUCUUCUGAGGUGAGAUUUGGCGCACGGGCUCCCCGCAGUGGGGUGAACAUUGUGAAUAUUUUUGUUUUGUUUUUUUGGAGCCAAAGAAGUUCAAACAAAGCGACAUGAAGACUGAAAGAGAGGGGAAAACAAUAUAUCCUGCCCUCACCGCUUCAGUCCUGCGGUUGACGGCAGCGCCAAUCCACCAGCAGUGACUGGGAAGAGGAGGGGUGGGGGUGGGGGGGUAGAGCAGCAGCCUCACUUGGAGAGCGCAGCCUGUCAGUGGGAGGUAACCUACAUGAUGCCCCCCUCGUGCACUUAUCAAUUCAGUGUCCGUCCGUUAUCCGUGUAUUUGAGUACGUAAACGCUGAGCGCGCCGAGGCACUGUAAAGCGCACCGAUGGAUGCAGCCUGCGUGCGCGCAUUGGAACGGGGUAAUUUGUGAUCACAUUUGAAAAAAAGAAACACACACCGCGGUCGAGAGAGGAAAAGAAGAUAUAGGGCUUGGACGACCGACACUUUGUGGAUAAAAAAAAAACCUUACCCCCCGUGCGUGUGUGUCACAUCAAUGGAUAGGCGAGGCUUGAAUUGCCGAAAUGCCUAACGUAGAAGGAGCGAGGGCGCAGAAGUGAUGACUGCCUUUGGUGAACUAUAACACCCAUCCAGACAGGGUGAGAUCAAGGCUCGGCGUGGAAAACAUGUAAGAAUAGAGCUUUUUGGGUGAAGGCUCCUCACACUUGAAGCCGCUGCCUGCGAUUGCUGCUGAGGUUUCAAAGGCUUCUUAAGGAUACCUGCUGGAUUUUUUUAGUAUUUCCUUUCGAUGUUGCAUCCCAAGUAAGCCCAUUAUUUUUUCCUCUCAAAAAUGGAGCAUGGAGCAACCUGAGGAGAGAGAGAGCAUCUUUAAUCUCGGCAACUUUACCAAGCCUCCAAUUUAUAGGAUACCUAUUCAGUCACUAAACUGCGGGACUUUUUUUCAUCGACAUAACCAGGGGGGAAAAUAGAAAUAAGCAUCUUGAAAUCCGCACUGGGCUGUGAGGUGAAAUCUAAUCAGAUUCAGCGGGGUUGUUGACUAAGAAGUAAAAGGGACUUGAAGAAAAGUUACAUCUGACGACAGCUUGCGAGACGUUAAAAUAACCCCACAUCUGCUAUACAGUGUAAUGGCUGGGCUUUUCAGGAUGUAUGUACCUGGAACCUGACCACACGACGUUCUCCUUGCAUGCUGUGGAAAGGCUACUUUUAAACAUUUGAUUUAGAUCCGAGAAAAAAAAAAAAAAAAAAAGAACUACUGAGCUAACUCAUCAUUUGGAGAGAAAAAAACGGGACCACACUGGGUAUCGCUUUGCAAUCGGGAGAGUAUAGUUUCAGCACUGGCACUUGUGGGUGCCUCCGUGUUAUGUGCGUAAGGAAAAAGAAGAAAUAUCGGAUGCAUUAUCAUCAUUAUCAUCAUCAUCAUCACUGUGAGAGUUCAUAGCAUGGCAUCCAGACUGAUGUGUGGAUUACAUACCACGUCCGUUUUGAGAGUGGGAACGCAAUGUGUCUGACAAGAAAGUAUCAUCACGGAUUCUGCAAAAUCGCCUGAGAAUUGCGGAUGUUUUUUCGAUGCAGCUUUUGGGGAGGGAGCAGAAGAGGGACCGUUCUCCGUCUAUAAAGCAGAGAUCCUGCAGACCUCGGCGUCUUCGAGAACAAGGCCAGAGUUUUGGUGGAUUGGAAGUUAACAUGAGGACGACCAGAACCCAAUGGAACUGUGACUGAAUUGGCAGUGGGCCCAAAUCCUCUUUCCAUAGAGUGGAAGACCAGUCAACGAAUUAUGAAUGUUAAACAAGAUGACCUCCUCUCAGCAGCAGCAGAUGAUGCGAGGUCCUAGGUGGAACCGGGCCUUGUCCGACCCUUUGUUUGUGCUGCUUCUGGCCCUCCAGCUGCUGGUGGUGGCAGGGCUGGUACGAGCUCAGACGUGCCCCUCUGUCUGCUCCUGUAGUAACCAGUUCAGCAAGGUCAUCUGCACUCGCCGAGGCCUGCGGGAUGUCCCCGAUGGCAUCUCUACCAACACACGCUACCUGAAUCUGCAAGAAAAUCUCAUUCAGGUCAUAAAGGUGGACAGCUUCAAGCACCUAAGACAUCUGGAGAUCCUGCAGCUGAGCAAAAACCACAUACGCAAAAUUGAACUGGGGGCCUUCAAUGGGCUGGCCAGCCUCAAUACCUUGGAGCUUUUUGAUAAUCGCCUCACCACCAUCCCAAACGGGGCUUUUGAGUACCUGUCCAAACUUAAGGAGCUUUGGUUGAGGAAUAACCCCAUAGAGAGUAUUCCCUCCUAUGCUUUCAACAGAGUGCCCUCAUUACGGCGGUUGGACCUUGGGGAGCUCAAACGGCUCUCCUACAUAUCUGAGGGGGCCUUUGAAGGGCUGAGCAAUCUGCGCUACUUAAAUCUGGGAAUGUGCAAUCUGAAGGAAAUUCCCAACCUUAUUCCCCUGGUGAAGCUGGAUGAACUGGAGAUGUCGGGGAACCAACUAUCUGUCAUCCGGCCUGGCUCUUUUAAAGGGCUCAUCCAUUUGCAAAAGCUAUGGAUGAUGCAUGCCCAGAUCCAGACCAUAGAAAGGAACUCUUUUGAUGACCUGCAGUCACUAGUGGAGCUCAAUCUAGCCCACAACAACCUUACCCUCUUGCCCCAUGAUCUCUUUACUCCUUUACAUCACCUGGAGAGGGUGCACUUGCACCACAACCCCUGGAAUUGUAACUGUGACAUUCUCUGGCUAAGCUGGUGGCUUAAGGAGAUGGUACCAGCAAACACCAGCUGCUGUGCCCGCUGCAGCUCACCUCCCCACCAUAAAGGACGGUACAUUGGCGAGCUGGAUCAGAACUACUUUCACUGUUAUGCUCCUGUUAUUGUGGAGCCUCCCGCAGACCUAAAUGUGACAGAGGGAAGCGCUGCGGAGUUGAAAUGCAGAGCCAGCUCUUUGACCUCAGUAAGCUGGAUUACACCCAAUGGUUCCAUCAUGACACACGGUGCGUACAAGGUCAGAAUCUCAGUGCUGAAUGACGGCACUCUGAACUUCACUAAUGUUACCAUGCAGGACACAGGGACAUAUACAUGUAUGGUCAGUAAUUCCGCAGGUAACACAACAGCAUCUGCCACACUCAAUGUGUCCUCUACAGAGAACAGCAGUUUCAGCUACUUCACCACAGUGACAGUGGAGACCAUAGAAACGCCACAUAAUGAAGGAUUCACCACUACUGUGCAACAGAAGGUGGGCCCCACCCCAUCUGCCGGUACAUGGGAGUCUGUUUCACCCACCUCUACAACUACCACCACAUUUCGGACCCCACUCUCCACCCGUGCCACAGAGAAGACUUAUACAAUCCCAGUCACAGAGCUGGGUGGGGAGGGCUCACUAAACGGCUUAGAUGAGGUGAUGAAGACGACCAAGAUCAUCAUUGGUUGCUUUGUUGCAAUAACACUCAUGGCAGCUGUCAUGCUGAUUAUCUUCUACAAGAUGCGUAAACAGCACCACCAGCAGAACCACCACGCACCCACACGCACUAUUGAGAUCAUUAACGUGGACGAGGACUGUGUAACAGGAGGCCCAGGCAUGGAGGGCCACCUGACUCUGCCUCCUCUUGAGCAUGAGCACCUCAACCACUAUAACACCUAUAAGACUGCAUACAACCAUGCCUCCACUAUCAACUCCAUACACAGCUCAGCGCACGAACCUUUGUUAAUCCGGGCCAGCUCAAAAGACAAUGUACAAGAGACCCAAAUCUAAUACCUUUUUUUUUUUUCAAAACUAAUGGAAUUACAUGAAGACAUUACUGACAGACAUUACUGAUGACUGGUUGUGAGGACUAUGGCUCAAACAUGGAGAAAUAGACUCAAGUGUUUGGCAAAUCAGAGGCUGGUGAUGUUUAUUCAAUGACUUUGGGAAUUAGGGUAUGUCAACUGUUUCAAAAAGUGUCUUUACAAAACAGAAGUUAUUUAUUUAAGAAAAAACUAUUGUGGUUAAAUCAAGAAAAACUGUAUUCUGCAAUUAUUUUUUCAGCACUUGAUUCAUGUUUUUUUCUUCUUCUCAUUUCAUAGGAUUGGUUUACUAAUAUGCUUUCAAACUCUGUUUGAAGACAUCCAUCAAAGAAACUCUUGAAGCAAAUUAUUGUUCCUUUUUGUUUCUUUUUUGGUAAAGUGCAAACUUUGGAUCAGAUGAGAUAGUAACCUCAUUCUCCCCAUGUAUCAAACGAACCUAGAGCACAUUAGUGAUUUUCUCCAGCUGUGGAUUAAGUGAUGAAAUCUUUGUGACCAUCUGUAACUGGGAUGAAUUAAACACUUGUUCAUUAUUUUACAGUGAUUGACAGAACUGUCAGUGAUGAAAUUUGAUCAUAACUCACUGUUUAAUUAUAUCUGUCAGAUAGGCACUCUGCUCUGUCAUCAAUAGACUGAGGAUCCUAAACGAGCAAAAUACGUCCUGCGUUCUGCUAUUGUAAAAGUCAAGGCUGACAAUUAGAAGUACAUUUUAGUUAAAUUAAAUUCUAUAGAUAAACUAUGAAAGAAACAUACCUUUGUCUUUGUGUUCCUAAUGCAUAUACAAAAAAUAUCUUUUUCCUUGAUAUCCACUUGUUUUGACUCAAAUCCCAAACUUCUCAGAGACAUGAUUAUUAUAGAGAAAAAGCCAUUAAUUGCAUCAACACCAGUUCUGAUCUCUGAAGGUCAUGAUACAGGAGCAGCAUUAAUGGGCACUUCAAAAUUAACAUAAUUGUGAUUGAAAAUAUAGGAAAAGACAUAAAGAUCAAAGGUUGCGUGAAAAAUACAGAUGGUACUCAAUUCUGGUAAAGGUCCACUGCCUCCAAAUGUUUCCAAAGUAUAAUGGCCUCCCCUUUACCUUACAGUGCUUUGUACUGCUGCAUAUGAAGAUUGCUUUGAAGCCACCUUUUUCAUGCUGGGACCCCUUACCUCAUCUGCUGUACUGCAGGAUAGAGCGCUAUCAGAAGCCGACUGAUGAGCUGAAGAAAGAGCGUAAACCCUUUAUACAGCUGUCUGAGCACACUGCCUGUCAUCUGUUUGCCAUAUUUCCACAUGGGCAGUGCCUGGCAGUUCCAGAUUCACACCCUGCCCCUGCCAACCAUAGGACUUGGCCCUGAGCAGGAGGGCUUAUGCUGCAAGAGGCUUUAGGGGUGAAUGUGUGGGAAUCGGGCAUCAACCAGAUGUUUGGGUUGCACCUGUCUCUCUUUCCCGUCCCUUAGCAACAACACAAUUUCCAUUUUAAUUGAUGUGCCCAUGGGGUUUGGAUGGACACAGCUCUGCGGGCGCCCAUACCCUGGAAACCAUUUCAAAGUCCCCACUGUGAAAACUGGGGCCAGGCACCAGAAAUGCAGAGGUUAGGCAGGCAUUUGUCAAAUGCUCCAGGUUUAUUUUUAGUAAAUAAGUGCAGCUUUUCCUCCCGGUAAAUGGUAAAAUAUAUAAUAAGGCUGGGCUACUCCCGCACCUCAUUCAGUUUUAUCUUUUCAAAACAUUAAGAUGUCACAGUUAGGAAUUACAAAGAGGAGAAACUACUGUUGCAGAUAGUGGCAUGUACUUUCUCUGGAGUCACCGUGGAUACCACAAUCAUGAAAACUGGAAUUGGUAGUCCACUCAAAAUUAUUGUUGUGCAUUUCAAACAUUCAUCAUCUAUAGGCUUGAAAUGUGUCUGUGAAAAGUAUAUGUAAAGAUCCAAUGCUGUGAUCAGCUUGGAUUAAUGGUGGUUACAGUUUAAUUAUAGCGGUGGCAAUCUAGGUUUUCACAACAGAAAUAAAGUAUCAACACAUCCAUAUAAACUUUGCUAACUACUCUUGCUGCAUAGUCAACAUGACUGCUGUCCAUUUGUAUGCUCAGUCUCACACUUUCACCAAAAUAUGGUUAAAACAAUGCUUCCAUCUCAAUACUUAUGCACAACACUGUCAAGCUUUAGGAGCUGUGAUGUUCAUAGGUUCGCAAAUAUUACAGUGCCCUCCUCCCUCCUGACCAGUCAUUCUCUGACCUUCUGCUACAGCUAAGUUUGACAGUCACACAUUGGAAAAUAAACACAAAUUAACAGAAAAUGUCAUCAGGUGGACAUAAACAUUUUACAGCCACCUUUUAAAGCCUACACGAGGUGAGUGCUCUCUACUACAAAAGACUUUAACCUAAAAGAUGAAUAGGCUACUUGUCAUAGUUUACUGCUUCAGAAGGAUAUGAUAGGAGAGUGAAAUUAAACAACACGAUAAUAAUCUAAAGCCCUAUUCCCACAGGACUAGUAUCACCUGGGGUCCUCUUGUGAUGUGUAAUACAAUAAUUGCAUAGAUUAUAUAUGUUAAUAAUCCAUGUCUGUAAUCUAUUAAGUAAAAACUCUGCAGCAAACUACUCUCAGUAUUUUGCCUAACACAGAGGUUUUCUGAUAAUAUUAGUCCUGUGUGAAACAGCAUUAUUUUAUUUUGUGUUUUUUUCUGUCAAUUUUCCUUCAUCUUCCAGGUUAAGAAUUGGGGAGGCUGUAGUGGAUACUAUCAGUGGGAGCUUUCGUCCAAAUUGGAGUGCUACUGUAUCUUAUCUGUAUGGAAAUUGAAUGUUUCAAAGUAAUUUGAUAAUCAAACCAAUUCUGGAGUUGGAUUUGUUCAGUAAAAUUAAAUGUAACUUUAGAGACUUUAUUUAUUCACGUUUAACAUACAGCACACAACACGGAUGUGGGAGGAGGUAAAUGAGGGUUGAGGAUGAGGUCCCCAAGUGAUUUUAGUCCAGACCCAAUGAAAUUCUAAUUACCCCAUAUCAUUUUUUGUUUGUUUUGUUUUUUUUUGCCACCAGGACACUAUCUCAUACUUGCACUUCUGUGGAGUCUGGCACAUUUGUAAACCAUAGAAUGACCUGGAUGUAUGUCAUUUAGUCUGUGUUUGAGUUCUUAGUGGUGGGAUGUGGAUCACAGUUCUACUCAGUUGACAUAGGAGAGUGUAACCAUCUUCCCCUUUUGCCUUUAGUUGGAGGUAAAUCGUCUGAAAAUUUAAAUGGUAAAUUUGUUGCAUUUUAGUCGAGCUGUCUCAUGUAUGUAAGAUAUCUAAAUAUUUUUGGUCAAUAUUCUUUUUUUCCACAUUCUUUUCUUUUUUCUGAGAGGGAAUGCUGUUAUAGUGGUAGAUUUAUAUAAAAAUAAAUUUUGAGAAUAAAACAAAACAAAAACAAAAAAUUUUUAAAUUUUGAUUUUACAUGUGCCAACAACCUGUUCUAAAAGUGAAAAAGAGAAACAUGCUGUAAAAGAAUAAGAGAUUGAUUUUCAUGUAAGCAUUCUUUCAUGACCUUUAAAAGAUAUGGAGAUCGAUUAUAGAGACCAGAGUUUGUAGUUCAUACACAAAAUAUGGCUAAAAUAAACUAUUGUUGUUUUUCUGUA